AUGAAACGCGAGUUAGCUUUUCUAAUCGAGACUCAGACUCAGCUCAAUGAGCCUCUCGGUCGAACUCGGAGAUCUGCUUCUUCUCUUGUCGACAACGGUAAGGAAGGCUCCGACGAACCGGCCAGCCAUUCCGACGUUGCUGCUCCCCCGGCGGUUGUCAAUUCUAACACCCCCGUCAUUAGGGUUUACCAGCGAAGCAAGAAAUUGAAAACUGAAGCCGCCUUGUCCGCUGCCGCAGCUCCUGUUUUGGGAGAUUCCGGUGCCGUAAUUAAACGCGAUCAAGUGGAGGACAAAAUUGCUGGUACGCUCCCGGACCAGAGCCAGAGACAGCCAGAUGGGAAUUCGUUGAUUAAGGAGGAGUCGGAGACUGAACCUGCCUCAGCGAGCAAGAAUGAGCUGGUCGAGAUUGUGGUUACGCAAGAGGAAUCCUCAUCGGAUUCGGAAAGGAACAACAAGUCGAGGCGGUUCACGCGAUCAGCGUUGAAAACUACGGUGGUGGAUGUGGAGAUGAUUAAUGGGGAUUCCGAAGGGUUUAAGGACGCGUCGUUUGCGGAGUCCGAAGUGGACGACAAUGGCACUGUGGAAGUCCAAGGAAAAAUGGAAAUGAAAAUGUCAAAAAAGAUCGAAAUAGAAAUUGCAGGUAGGCCUUCCACCGUUAGGGAGCUACUCGAGACUGGUUUACUUGAAGGAUAUCCAGUUUUCUACAAUGGUGGUAACAAGGGUAUACCUUUGCGAGGAACAAUUAAAGAUGUUGGCAUUUUGUGUUCUUGUACUUUAUGCCAGAAUUCAAGGGUAGUUCCACCUUGUACAUUUGAAAUCCAUGCUUGUAAAUCGUAUAGACGCGCAACGCAGUACAUCUGUCUGGAGAAUGGCAAAAGCCUCUUAGAUGUGGUGAAGGAUUGUGGGAGAUCUUCUUUGAAGGAAAUUAAGAAAACAAUUCAAAGUAUAAUAGGUCCAUUGCCUCAAAAGGAAUCUAUAAUUUGCCGGAAUUGUGGGAGUUCAUUUCUAGCAACAUCUGCUGCAAAGGUGGAUGAACUUUGUGAUCCAUGCAUGAUUUCUAUAAAAUCAGUGGACAGUAUAAUGCACACGCCAUAUGAAAAAAUUAGUAAACCCAAAGAAGUAAAGAAGAGAGUCAAAGAAAGAAAAGCAAAUGGAUUCCGAAGGGCUUCCGAGCCGAUUUUGCGCUUUAAAGCUUCUGAAAGUGCUGUAGUGCAUUCUGCUCCUCCACGUGAUCCUCGAGGAAGGAAAAAGAAAAACUUGUCAAGCGAAACUACACCUGUGAAAUCCUCAAAAGGGUCUUUCACACCUACCUCAAAAGGGUCUUUCACACCUGUGAAACCUUCAAAAGGGUCUUUCACACCUGCCUCUCCGACGUCCAAGAGCCAGUGGAAGAUAACAAAAAAAGAUCAGAGGAUGCAUAAGCUAGUUUUUGAGGAAGGUGGCUUGCCUGAUGGAGCUGUGCUUACUUAUUACUCCCGUGGGCAGAAAUUGCUUACAGGUUACAAAAAAGGCUUGGGCAUUUUUUGUACUUGCUGCAAGAAUGAGGUCAGUCCUUCACUUUUUGAAGCACAUGCUGGUUGGGCCUCAAGGAGAAAACCAUAUGGAUACAUUUAUACAUCUAAUGGAGUCUCCCUUCACGAACUUGCAAUUACAUUAAUGAAAGGACGCAACUGUGCUGCUACAGACAAUGAUGAUUUAUGCACCAUCUGUGGUGAUGGUGGGAAGCUUGUACUUUGUGAUGGAUGCCCAAGGGCAUUUCAUAAAGCAUGUGCGUCACUAUCCGCUAUUCCCCGUGGUAAAUGGUACUGCAAAUAUUGCGAGAACAGGUUUCAGAGAGAAAAAUAUGUUGAACACAAUGCUAAUGCUGUAGCAGCUGGAAGAGUUCCUGGAGUUGAUCCCAUUGAACAGAUUACAAAUCGUUGCAUCCGCCUCGUCAAAAAUCCAGAAGAAGCUGAAGUUAUUGCAUGUGUGAUAUGCAGAGGUUAUGAUUUUAGCAAAACUGGUUUUGGGCCUCGUACAGUUAUACUAUGUGAUCAGUGUGAGAAGGAGUAUCAUGUUGGCUGCUUGAAGAAACAGAAAAUUGCUGAUCUGAAGGAAUUACCCAAAGGGAAAUGGUUCUGUUGUGGGGAUUGCAAGAGAAUCUAUUCUGCAUUGAGCAACUUGCUUAAUUCUGGAUUUGAGAAGCUCCCAGACUCCUGUUUGGAUGUCAUAAAGAAGAAGCACAUGCUAGAAGCUUCUGAAGGAGCAGGUGAAUUUGAUGUUAGUUGGAGACUACUUAGCGGCAAAAUCUCGUCGCGGGAAACUCGUACAUUCCUUUCUGAAGCUGUUGCAAUAUUCCAUGAUUCUUUUGAUCCAAUUGUUGAUGCAGUAACUGGCCGUGAUUUCAUUCCAUCUAUGGUUUAUGGAAGGAAUAUAAGGGGUCAAGAUUUUAGUGGAAUUUACUGCGCAAUAUUGACUGCCAACUCACAAGUUGUGUCAGCUGGGAUCCUCCGGGUAUUUGGACAGGAUAUGGCAGAAUUACCUUUAGUUGCAACUAGAAAAGGACAUCAAAACAAGGGAUACUUUCAACUACUUUUUUCCUGCUUGGAGAAAUUGUUGGCAUUCCUUAAAAUAAGAAGUUUGGUGCUCCCAGCUGCUGAAGAAGCUGAAUCGAUAUGGACAGAAAAGUUUGGGUUUAAAAGGAUGUCUCGGGAACAGCUUGCUAACCACAGAAAAACGUGUUGGCAAAUGAUAAACUUCGAAGGAACGUCUAUGCUGGAAAAAAUGGUUCCAAAAUGCCGAAUUCGAAAAGAUGUUGAAAAUGGGGCUGGUUCGAAUGUUUCCAUACUGUAA